UUUUUUUUUUUCUUUUCUUACCUUUUUUUCUAAAAACCACAUUUUAUAUAUCAUGGUCAGUAAAAUUGUUGUAAAGAACCCUGUUGUUGAUUUGGACGGUGAUGAAAUGACUCGUAUCAUCUGGCAAUUCAUCAAGGACAAACUCAUUCUUCCUUACUUGGAGCUUGACAUCAAGUAUUAUGAUUUAUCUGUGGAAAACCGUGAUGCUACAAAUGACCAAGUGACUAUUGAUGCCGCUGAAGCUAUUAAGAAAUACAAUGUUGGUAUCAAGUGUGCCACCAUCACUCCUGAUGAAGCCCGUGUUGAAGAAUUCAAGCUCAAGAAGAUGUGGAAGUCUCCCAAUGGUACUCUUCGUAAUAUUUUGAAUGGUACUGUUUUCCGUGAACCUAUUAUCUUGAAGACACUUCCUCGUCUUGUUCCUGGUUGGACAGGUCCUAUCAUCAUUGGUCGUCAUGCUUUUGGUGAUCAGUAUCGUGCCACUGAUUUUGUUGCUCCUGGUCCUGGCAAAUUUGAAUUGAUUUAUACCCCUACUGAUGGCUCAGAACCCAAGAAAUAUGAAGUUUUCAACUUUGAAAAGUCUGGUGGUGUUGGUUUAGCCAUGUACAAUACUGAUGAAUCCAUUGAAGGUUUUGCACAUGCUUGUUUCCGUCUCGCUAUUGAACGUAAAUUCCCUCUUUACUUGUCUACCAAGAAUACUAUUCUCAAGGCUUACGAUGGUCGCUUCAAAGAUAUCUUUGAAGAAAUCUAUCAAUCUCAAUACAAAUCCGAAUUUGAAUCCUUGGGUAUUUGGUAUGAACAUCGUUUGAUUGAUGAUAUGGUUGCUCAAGCUUUGAAAUCAAAUGGUCACUUUAUUUGGGCUUGUAAGAACUACGAUGGUGAUGUUCAAUCUGAUAUUAUUGCUCAAGGUUAUGGUUCUCUUGGUUUGAUGACUUCUGUUCUUUAUACUCCUGACGGUAAGACUUGUGAAGCUGAAGCUGCUCAUGGUACCGUCACUCGUCAUUAUCGUGAACAUCAAAAGGGUAAUGCUACUUCCACCAAUCCUAUUGCCAGUAUCUUUGCUUGGACUCGUGGUUUGGCCCAUCGUGCCAAGCUUGACAAUCAUCCUGAAUUGGCUCAAUUCACUGAAGAUCUUGAACGUGCUUGUAUUGAAACCAUUGAAGUGGAUAAUAAAAUGACCAAGGAUUUGGCAUUGAUUAUUCAUGGAAAGAACAUGACCCGUGAACACUACUCUACCACUGAAGAAUUCUUACAACAAAUUGCUGACAAAUUAUCUUCAAUCCGCGCUCGUUCCUCUUUGUAAAUUUAUAGUUAGUUUUAUCGUUAAUUAAUUAGUUAGUUUUAUAUAUAUAUAUAUACAAUGGAUGCUUUGGGAAUAGAUAGAGAUACUUCACAUUAUUCUUGGUCAUUCUUGGUAGUCUUUUACAUGUUUAUAUUAAUAAAACCGAUGAUUUUUGGAAAUAUA